ACAUAUUACAAAACGAUAACUGGUCGACAAACAUCCUGCUGUCGUGUGGUGGUGGUGAGUAAUCCUCUGUGGCUCUGGAGUUGGUUUGAGAUGAUUUACGUUCUUUGCGUUUUCAUCUCGACAUCGUUCGUCAGAGCGACGGAGUUUGGCCAAGAACACAGCCUUCUUCAGCCUCCCCCUCCUCUCCUUCUCUAUAAAAGGAGCUGAGCUGCUUCCACAGAGUCAGUCCGAGUCCACAGCUGCCAAACGACCUCAACUACUCACACUUGUUUGACUUUCAAGGAAAAUACUCUAGCCGCAAGACACUGAGCUGCAGCAACCUCUGGAAUAGCUCGUGGAAAAGAUUCAGACCAGAUUUUCCAGAACAGAGCACUGAAGACACGCUCACACAAGGCAGUCUACUGUGAUCCGACCCUGAAAGCAUCAACGCUGCCAUGAACAGUCUCGUUUCCAUCGCCCUGAUAUUCCUGGGUGCCAGCUUGUCUGCUUCCCUCUUCCUUCCCGACUCCCUGGAGCUGAGGCAGUUAAUGCAACGCUACCAGGAUGAGCUGGAACCCAACAGCACAAAAGCUGAUGUGCCUGUACGCACUCGCAGAGCCAUCAAGUGGACGGACAGGGAGGAGAUCCUGCAACUGCACAACAAGCUGAGAGGAGAGGUGUACCCGACUGCCUCCAACAUGGAGUACAUGGUUUGGGAUGAUGAACUGGAGAAGUCGGCAACCUAUUGGGCGGAACAAUGCCAGUGGGAACAUGGACCUCAAGACCUUCUGAUGUCCAUCGGGCAGAACCUUGCAGUGCACUGGGGAAGGUACCGCUCUCCUGCCUACCAUGUGCAGGCCUGGUACGAUGAGGUGAAGGACUACACCUACCCUUACCCGCAGGAGUGCAACCCGUGGUGCCCUGAGCGCUGCUCUGGACCCAUGUGCACCCACUACACACAACUGGUCUGGGCCACAACCAAUCGUGUUGGCUGUGCUGUACACAUGUGUCCACGUAUGAACGUUUGGGGAGAGGUCUGGGAGAACUCUGUCUAUCUCGUCUGCAACUACUCGCCAAAGGGAAACUGGAUCGGGGAAGCCCCGUACCAACAUGGCCGCCCCUGCUCCCAGUGUCCACCAAGCUACGGAGGAGGCUGCAGAGACAACCUCUGCUACAAAGGAGUCCCUGAACGUCACGAGUCUCCAGAUAUGAAUGAGGUGGAGAAGCCUCAGGAGCCGGUACAGCCUCAAACUACUCCAACUAAGCCUCAGUCCAAGCCUUUCUCCCCUAAAAAAGUUGCAAAUGCCAAACCUUCCUCACCCAAGACUACAAGAACUACCUAUCUAGCCCAAAUUAUUAAGUGUGAGACAAAAAUGAGGGACAAAUGUAAAGGUGCAACCUGCAAUAGGUACAACUGCCCAGCCAACUGUGUAAAUAAGAAGGGGAAAGUGUGGGGAACGCUGUACUAUGAUGUUCAAUCAAGUAUUUGCCGUGCUGCAAUCCACUAUGGAAUAAUUGACAACAAUGGAGGCCUUGUUGACGUCACAAGAAAAGACAGCUUCCCGUUCUUUGUAAAGGCAACCAAGAAUGGCGUAGAGUCAUUCAGUAAAUACAAACCUGGCAAUGCAUUUAUGGUGUCAAAAGUGGAAGAGCCAACAAUAGACUGCUACACGACAGUGGCAGAGAUUUGUCCCUUCAAGACGUCCACCUCUCAUUGUCCAAGAGUGUUCUGCCAAGCUAACUGCAUAAACGAACCUUCAUAUUGGGCUCCAGUGGUCGGCAGCAACAUCUACGCUGAUGGCUCCAGUAUCUGCCGAGCUGCUAUCCACGCUGGAGUGAUCAAAGCCGGCGGGGGAUAUGUGGACCUCCUGGCUCUGGAUAAGAGGAAAAGUUACACCGGGACCAUGAAGAAUGGCAUUCGGUCCGAGAGUAAAACCAAUACAGAAGGUGGUUCGUUCCGUGUCUUCGCUGUUAGAGAGUGAGACGCCACUGACGGGACACAAGAGAUUUGCUUUUGAAAGACAGAAGUGGAAUGCAACCCCUUCCAUCUUUCUCUGACUUUUGGAGGAAAGAGACAUUUAAAGAAGACCAAAGUCUUCUCAAACUAUUUCAAUCGAUGGGCUUCCAAAGGUUUUAUAUACAAUUGUGAAUAAUAUUUUGGCCACACAUGCAACUCUUAAUAAAAUGCAGUGCGGUAGACAUGGUAUUUUAA